GAGAGUGCGGAGGAACCGCGGGGCGAGGAAGUAGCCGCAGGACGGACGCCGGCUCCGGGGGGUUUCACACCGGCUGCUCCGGAGCCGCACGGAGAUGCUCCAACACGGGGGGCACCGGCGCGGGGGUCCCUGGUGCCCGCUGGCGCUGCUGGUCUUGGCGCCGCUGGUCACGGUCAGUAACGGAGGACCCCCGGAGUGCUGGGAACAAGCCGUGUCUGCCAAUGGAACGCUGGAGCUGCUGCCAAAGAAACCCAUGAGGGAAUGGGCAAGAGUCAAAUGGAGAGUGGGACCGGGUGCAGAGUCCUACCAGCUGAUCCUGAUGGCUCGAAGGAAUAAAUCUGCCUCUGUCCCCAAGGGUUCUUUCUCCGGGAGAGCAGUUUUCCAGGAGGAGCCCCUUUCCCUGCGGAUCAGCCCGGUCCACGCAGCCGACGCUGGGCAUUAUGAGGCAGAGUUUGAGGACCCAUCCGGUGUUGUCAUCACCCGGUGCUUCAGCGUGUCGGUGUGGGAGCCCCUUCAGCCCCCCCAUCUGGAGACACGAGUCCUGCACCAGGAGCGGGGCUGGUGCAACCUCUCGCUGCUCUGCACCGCGCCCGGCGCCGGCCCCGUCUCCUACAGCUGGUCCUGCACCGGGGAUGCUGCGGGAGCACCGGAGCCGUGGCCCCGGCUGCACCGGCAGGUCCAUGCGGAUGCCGACCCCACGGUGUGCGGCUGCAACGUGAGCAACCCGGCGAGCUGGAGCACGGCCAACACCAGCAUCUCGGCAGCUUGUCGCGCCGCGGCCGCAGGGCUUUCCAGCCUCAUUCCAGGCUGGGCAGUGGCAGUGGCUGUGCUGGCCCUGGCCAUCUCCAUAGCGCUUGUCAUCACCUUCUGCUGGCGGAGGAAGCGAGGAAAGGAUCCCCCAGCAGGACACAUUGAGCCGACAUUGACUGUCUACGAGGAGGUGGGAAAAGCCCAAACAGGCCGAGACCCUAGUGCAACUCGUGAUGAGGCCACCUUGGGAGAAAACACCAUCUAUGCUGUCAUCUCCAAAACACAGGGACCCAGUCUCCCUCGGGAGCCCGAAAGCAGAACCAUUUACUCCAGGCUCCAGCCCAGCAGGAAGUCUCCUUCUCUCAGGAGGAAGAGGCUGGACCCAGCUUUGAUUUCCACGGCCUAUGUAGAGGCUACGGGGUGCUCUAAACGCCCCCCAUUGCAGACCUUGCCCCUGCCUCCAACCAGCCACCACCUCUCCUAGAGCCCCAGCAAGACCUUCCCUUCCCCAAUGGGCUUCUCCUGGAGCACCCAGAGACCUCCAGCACCCACCGGGAUCCCACCCAGCAAAGCCAGGAGCUCCCUCGGGAUGGGAACAAUCCAACAUGGGUUCAAACCCCGUCUGUGCCUUGCAGGCUCUUGUGAUGGGAAGACUCAGUGAUGGAAACCUGUCUUUGGAGGAAAUGGAAGUGAAAUUGGGCUGAUGCAUCAUGGGGGAA